CUUCGGAUCCGCCCGCUCAACGACACAGAACUGGAGGAAGGGGCCGCCGUCAUCGCCCACAAGGUGGGGGACCAGAUGGUGGUGCUCAUGGACCCCAGCGAGGACCCUGAGGACCCGCUGCGCACACACCGGUCCCGGGAGAAGACCUUCAUCUUUGACGCUGUGUUCGACCAGCACGCGUCCCAGGAGGACGUGUACCUGGCCACCACCCAGCAACUAGUGGAAGGCGUGGUUUCUGGGUACAAUGCAACAGUGUUUGCCUACGGCCCCUCAGGUGCUGGCAAGACCCACACGAUGCUAGGCGUGGACACGGAGCCUGGGAUCUACCUGCAGAUGCUCAGUGACCUCUUCCAGGCCAUCGAGGAGACCCGUGACAACACGGACUGCAGCGUGUCCAUGUCUUAUCUCGAGAUUUAUAACGAAGUGAUCCGGGACCUCCUGAGCCCAUCCUCGGGGUUUCUGGACCUGCGGGAAGAUUCUAGGGGCAGUAUCCAGAUUGCAGGCAUCACAGAGGUCUCCACCUCCAACGCCCAGGAGAUCAUGCAGCUCCUCACCAAAGGCAACCGGCAGCGCACGCAGGAGCCCACGGCCACCAACAAGACGUCGUCCCGCUCGCACGCGGUGCUGCAGGUCACCGUGCGCCGACGCGGCCGCGGCGCACACCUGGCGGAGGAAGUGCGCGUCGGCAGGCUCUUCAUGGUGGACCUGGCGGGCUCGGAGCGGGCGUCCCAGACCCAGAACCAAGGCAAGAGGAUGAAGGAGGGUGCCCACAUCAACCGCUCCCUGCUGGCACUGGGCAACUGCAUCAAUGCACUCAGCGAAAAGGGUGGCAGCCGGGCGCAGUAUGUGAACUUCCGGGACAGCAAACUGACGCGUCUGCUGAAGGACGCCCUGGGAGGGAACAGCCGGACCGUGAUGAUCGCCCACAUCAGCCCAGCCAGCACUCACUUCGAGGAGUCACGGACAACCCUGCUGUACGCCUACCGGGCCAAGAACAUCAAGACGAGGGUCAAGCGUAACCUGCUGAGCGUGUCCUACCACAUCGCGCAGUACAUGGACGUCAUCUCCGACCUGCGCGGGCAGAUCCAGCGCCUCAAGGCCAAGGUGGAGAGGCAGGAGAGGGAGCGGAGGGGCGAGCCUGGCGGCCGGGAUGCUCAAGCCACCAUCCCUGCCCCCGACGCAGAGGAGGACAGCCGCCUGAAGAUGAACAGGAUCCGGGCGCAGCUCAUCGGGGCCUUCAAGGAGCAGCUGGAGAUGCAGCGCAGCCUGGUGGAGCUGGAGAACACCAACAUUGAGCUGCAUGUGGACACGUCCCGCCACCUGCUGACCAUCGCCGACUGGGAGCGGGAAAAGACCCACCAUGUGACGCGCAGGGCCAGGACGCCCGAGAAGGAUGAGGAGGUGCUGGAGGCCGGCCCAGAAGGGGACGAGGGCCAGCCUGCAGAGCCGCAUGAGGUGGCCCUGGCCAGGGAGGAGGUCAACAUGCUCCUGGCCGAGCAGCGGAAAACUGCCGCCCUCAAGGUGCGGGAGAGACGGCAUGUCCACGGGCUCAGCCGGGGUGCUGAGAGUCGCUAACGCUCUUUGAUUGCAGCUGAUGCACCACGCCCUCCUGGGAUAGUCGUUCAGAGUAGGGCUGAUCACGACCAUCCUACAGGUGGGGAAACUGAGGCUCGGAGAUGAGCAGGAUUGUCCCCCAGCCCCAGAGAGCAGGACCUGACCUGAGUCCAUGCCCUUUCGAUCUAUGGUUGUGGCUACACUGGGGGUCACAGGGGGCUGUGGAAGCGAGGCCUGAGUGGCGGUGUGAUGUCUCCCAAGCCCUCUGCCUGCCCGUCUGUGCCGCUGUCCGUCGGCGU